UUCAUCUGGUCAGCGGUACUACACUUUAGGCGGGAAAUAAAAGUGUUAUGACAUACGCGUAGUUGAUGCAUGUGCUCUGUUACGUAACAGAAUCAAGUGAUAACAUUGUUUAUUUAUCCUCGAAAUCACCUUUUAUUUACUAYUUGUAAUUWCGUACAARUCUAUAAUCCUGUUUUCCCGGUACCUGAUCAGUCAUCGGCGCUUUUUUUUCUGCAAAUAUCGGAARAAAAUCAUCUCAAUUUCGAGCAAAAUGGCAACUUCUGAACCUCCAUCGAAGAAAGCGAAAAAGGAAAGCAAAGGAAGCGRCGAAGAGAUAGACAUCAUGAAGCAUUAUAACGAGAAAAGAAAAGGUGUAUGCGAUUCUGUUUUGGACUUUAAGUUCAAUAAGAAACGAGUUCGUCUUUUGACGAGCACAACAGACAUGAAGGAUGAUUGCAAAGGCAUUUUAUACUGGAUGUGGCGAGAUCAACGUGUCCAAGAUAACUGGGCAUUGCUGUAUGCACAAAGAUUGGCAUUAAAACAACAAGUUCCUCUACAUGUGUGUUUUUGUUUACCAAAACAAUUCCUUGAUGCAACCAUAAGAAAGUAUGGCUUCAUGAUUAAAGGGCUUCAGUUUGUGGAAAAGGAGUUAGAAGAUCUAGACAUAAAAUUUCAUCUUCUUCUUGGUGAACCUGACCAAGUUUUACCUGGAUUUGUUAAGGAGUUUGGUUUUGGUGGAAUUGUAUGUGAUUUCUGCCCAUUACGACUUCCAAUGAAAUGGGUCAAUGAGUUUGUCAAGUCUCUUCCAAAAGAUGUCCCUCUCUGUCAGGUUGAUGCUCAUAAUAUUGUUCCAUGUUGGGAAGCUUCUCCAAAGUUAGAAUAUGGUGCUCGUACCAUUCGACCUAAAAUCCACAAAGUUCUGCAGUCAUUCCUGACAGAGUUUCCACCUGUUAUCAAACAUCCACAUCAAACAGAAGUGAAGUCAAAAGGAGCUGACUGGAGUGCAGCCAUAGAUUUCAUUGAAGUGGAUUCUAGUGUACCUGAGGUAGAUUGGGCCAAGCCUGGAACUGCAGCGGGCUUAAAUAUGCUGGAGUCAUUCUGCAAAGUAAGACUCAAAAACUUUGGUGCAUCAAGAAAYGAUCCAACCAAGAAYGCUAUAAGUAAUUUGUCACCAUGGUUUAAUACAGGACAAAUCAGCAACCAAAGAACAAUCCUCAAAAUAAGAGAAUACCGAGGRAARUACAAAGACUCUGUUGAAUCGUUUAUUGAAGAAAGUGUUGUACGAAGAGAACUUUCUGAGAAUUUCUGUUAUUACAAUGACAAGUACGACUCCAUUGAAGGGACAAAUGACUGGGCUAAAAAGACUUUGAAAGAUCAUGCUAGUGACAAGAGAGAAUACUUGUAUGAUAGAGAAGCAUUGGAAACAGCUAAGACUCAUGAUAACUUAUGGAAUGCUGCUCAGAGACAGCUUACACGUGAAGGAAAGCUCCAUGGUUUUUUACGUAUGUAUUGGGCAAAGAAAAUCCUUGAAUGGACAAAAACCCCAGAAACUGCAUUAGCUGAUGCUAUUUACUUUAAUGACAAAUAUGCAUUGGAUGGCAUUGACCCCAAUGGAUAUGUAGGUUGUAUGUGGUCAAUAUGUGGCAUUCAUGACCAGGGUUGGGCAGAAAGACCUGUGUUUGGCAAGAUACGUUACAUGAAUUAUAAAGGUUGCCAAAGGAAAUUUGAUGUUGCAGAAUUUAUCCGCCGGUAUAAACCCUAACAAGGGGGUUGUACGUACUUGCCCAACACUGACAAAUCGAUGCAUUAAGCAUUGUAUUGCGUUUUAUUAUAUUGCGUUCUUAAAAUUAUUAUAUUGUUAAUCUAUGUUAUGCAAUACAAUAAACUAUGCAUAAAUUUGUUGGAUUGUUGUACAAACCCAACAUUGUAAGGGUACUAUGAUCGUAAAAGUUAUUCUAUAUUUGUACAAAGUCAAAAUAAUUUUAAUUUUUUUUUCAUAUUAAAAAUUAAACAUAUUUACGUGUACUAUGUACUAUAUAUAUAUUUAUUUCUGCAUGAGAAAUUCKGAAUGCACAAGAGGCUGCAUGACAAUGUCAACAAAUGAGAUAUGCAACUAAAUUGACUUUUAUUCUUUUGUACACCAAACAAACGUGCCUAUAUUAUGUAAAUUGRCUAAUCAAUUUGUCAAUGGUCAACAUAUUUUUAUUCUAUGAACUUUUAUAAAACACUUUUGACCAGUUUUCACAUAUAGUGCUUACACUAUCUCCAUGAAAUAAAACCUAAAAUAUACUUACUAACAAAUAGUUUUUAU